AUGGCUGAGGUGACCAAGUGCGGCGUCAACGACAGGCGGACGGGGUUCUUCGCGCUGUAUCGCCUGAUGCUGCCGCACAUCGACAAGGAAAGGAGCGCCUACCACCUCAAGGAGGCGGCUCUCGCGCGCGUAAUCGGUCUGGCGCUCGGCCUGGAUCGUAACCGCUCGCCCCAUUUCAAAAAGCUCGAGGCGUGGCGCAAGGGUGGCGCCGGCAUCUUCGUCGACGCCGUGCAGGAGUGCUGCGCGCAUCACAUGGUGGACGGCUACGUCAAGCGGGUGGAUCGCGCGACCAUCGGGGACGUCAACGAUGCCCUCGACAAGCUCGCCACGCUCAAGACCAACAACGAGAAGUUGCCAGUCGUCGCCGGCCUGAUGGACAAGAUGGACGCGCGGCAGAUGCGUUGGCUCUCCGCGAUCAUCAUCAAGGACAUGAAGCUCGGGUACGGCGAGGCCGCCAUCAUCCGGCACUUCCACAGGGACGCCGAGGACCUCUACAACGUGUGCUGCGACCUGCGCAGGGUGUGCGAGACUUUGCACACCAAGGCUGUCGCGUUCAAGCGCCAGGACCUCCAGCCCGGUUCGCUCGUCCGCUCGAUGAACGCCGCGAAGAAGCGGGACUGCGACGAGGCGUGGAGGCACGUGCAGCGGAGAGAGUUCGUCAUCGAGCACAAGUUCGACGGCGAGCGCAUACAGGUGCACAGGGUGGACGCACGCACCUUCCACUACUUCACCAGGAACAACUUCGACUUUGGACCUCGCGGGUAUUCCGUGAUGAACCGGCUUUUUCGCAGGAGGCUGGCGACGGACCGGUGCGUGCUGGACGGCGAGCUCGUGCUGUGGCACAAGGAACACAAGGCUUACGUGCCGUUCGGG